UGUGACUUGCUGAAAACUUUGCUGUCUGCAAAUACUUUAUUAUAAUCAACACAAAGGCAAUAGAAUAAGUAAGAAUGACAGCAAGUGCAAGUAAGGGAGACAUGAACUUUAAAACAUAUUCACAUCAUAGGGAGCUGACAAUUUCCAUACAAAUGACAGCACAGGUAUAAUGCCAAAUUUUCUUAAGAGUUCUACUGAAUCAGAAUCAUGCCCAGUGAAUAGCAAACAGUAGCUAGGAGGCACUUAAUUUGUAUAAAGGAGGCACUUAACUUGUACAAAUGCAUUCUUGGUUUCAGGAAAAAAAAAAAUAGAAAAAGCAAACAAUAAUUAAAGAUGCUGCAGAACAUGGACAAGUGAUAAAGGCAGGACUGGUUUCUCAUCAUUAGGCUGUCCUCAUCUAACCUGCUCAUUUUAGGCAAAGGAAAUGCAUUAGAUCUAAUCUACCUGAACUUCAGCGUAGCAUUCCCACAAGAGAAAUUAUUAGUUUAAAUAGGAACUAGGAGAAAGACUCUAAGUGUGGACUUAGUUAAUAAUAGGAAAUGGGAUGAGAGAGUGUUCAAAGUGAAAAGGUAUUAGUGAUUUCUGAAAGAUCAGUUUGAGAAUCUUAUUAACAUUUAAUUUUUUUAGUCAUUAAAUUAGCAAUCAAAAGUGAAAGUUUUCUGGCAAAACACAAAAGUCAAUUGGUAUUGUAAGUGGAAAGGAAAAGGAGGAUCUCAUUUGGAAAGGACUGAAUUAUCUGAAGAAAGAAAGAAUUGAAAGGUGGAUUACAUGUAAUACUAUUUAAAAAAGAUCACGUGUUAGCUAGAUUCAUCCAUUAGAAAACAGGUGCAGCUGCAUAUAUCAGGGAUACAAGGAAAGCAGUGGAUAUUAUGUACCUUGACUUCAGCAAAGCUUUAGACACUGUCUUCCAUAACAUCCUCAUAAGGAAGCUUAGGAAGCGUGGGAUAGAUGAGUGGACAGUGAGGUGCAUUGAGAACUGGCUGACUGGCAGAGCUCAGAUGGUUGUGAUAAGAGGUACGGAGUCUAGCAGGAGGCCUUAAUUAUUGUUCCCCAGGGGUCAGUACUCAGGCUGGUUUUGUUGAACAUCUUCAUAAAUGAUCUGGGUGAAGGGAUAGAGUGCUCUCUCAGCAAGUUUGUUGAUACAAAGCUGGGAGGAAUGGCUGACAGACAAAAAGGCUGUGCUGCCAUUCAGCAAGACCUGGACAUUCUGGAGACUUGGGUUGAGAGGAACCUAAUGAGGUUCAACAAGGACAAAUGUAGAGUUUUGCACCUGGGGAGGAAUAAGCAUACGCUUAUUCUCCCCGAUUCCAUGCUUAAGUACAGCUUACGGGCUGAACUACUGGAAAAGGAGCUCUGCAGAGAAGGACCUGGGUGUCUCAUCAUGUAUGCCAUGAUGCCUAAUGUUUGCCAUGAAUCAGCAGUAGUAUCCUGGGGUGCAUUAGAGUGUGGCCAGCACAUUGAGGGAGAUGAUCCUUCUACUCUCCUGUGCCUUGGUGAGGCCACAUUUGGAGUUGUGUGUCCACUUCUGGGCUCCUCAGUUCAAGAAAGACGGAACCAGCUCUGCCUUGGCUGGCACUCCACGCAGCAUGGUUCUUGGAUUUGCAGGGCUUAGUGAUUUUAGGGCUGAAAGCGAUGACGAAACCAGUGCAUCUUUGCUGUUUGCAUUCGUUUUCACUGUUUUUUGUUUGUUUUCAACCUGCGAACAAAAAUCACAAUGCUGUGGAACAAAGCAGACUUUUUUGCUUCUUCAUAGGCGACAAAACUGUAAAACUACUGAUAGAAACGCCACACUCUGCUUUCUCCGCCCGGAGGGUGCAACUGCGGGGACAGCUCAGCAGCGCUGUCCUCCUGCACCCGACUCGCUUAUCCCAGCCUCCCGCAGCAUUUUCCCCGAGGGGACUCCUCCAAGCUCGGGCAGGGGCGGACACACCGCAUGAUUCACCGGGGACUGUUUGCCUUGGCCCCGGAGGCCCAUCGUGCGGGGAAUGGGAUUUCCAUUCCCCAACGUGUCCUUUGGUAGGCUUCCCUGGAAGGCAGCGCGGGCCCGCACGCCGCCGGCGGAGGCUCCACGUUCCCGUGCUGCGGGGAGAGCUCCUGGGCCGGGGCAGGGCCAGUUUUGCAUCCUUGAAUGUCCCUCUACUUCUUGAAAAUGAAGACAAUGAUUGCAUGCUACUUUCUGCUGUUUGGGCACGUUCUACUUUCCACUGUUGCUGUCAUGGCAAAGGAUCUCCCCGGAGGACAUUUUACCCGAAAAAGGGAUGUUAACUCUCAAUCUCUACUAGAAAGUACUUGCAACAACAAACGUCUGGACCUUGUCUUCAUCAUUGAUAGUUCUCGCAGCGUACGUCCUUAUGACUUUGAAAAAGUGAAAGAGUUCAUUUUAACAAUCUUGCAAUUCCUGGACAUCAGUCCUGAUGCCACUCGAGUAGGCCUGAUUCAGUACGGCAGCACUGUCAAACAUGAGUUCUCUCUGAAGACGUUUAGGAGGAAACAGGAGAUUGAGAGAGCAGUGAGGAGAAUGAUGCACCUGGCGACCGGCACCAUGACUGGACUGGCUAUCCAGUAUGCUGUGAACAUUGCAUUUUCAGAGUCAGAAGGAGCUCGGCCUCUGAACCAAAAUGUGCCUCGCGUUAUCAUGAUAGUGACAGAUGGGAGACCACAGGAUCCGGUGGCAGAAAUUGCUGCUAAAGCUCGCAACUCUGGAAUUCUGAUUUUCGCCAUUGGAGUGGGAAGAGUGGAUAUGAACACACUCAAGUCCAUUGGGAGUGAACCACAUGAAGAGCACAUCUUUCUAGUUGCUAAUUUCAGUCAGAUUGAAACGCUCACCUCUGUCUUCCAGACUAAACUUUGUGUGCCCCAUAUGUGCAGUAUAGCUGAGCAUCGCUGUGAUCAUUUCUGCAUAAAUACCCCAGGCUCCUAUGUAUGCAGAUGUAAGCAAGGUUACAUCCUGAACGCUGACCAGAAGACUUGCAGCACUCAAGACCUUUGCGCUGUGGAGAAGCAUAACUGUGAGCAGAUUUGUGUGAACACGCCUGGGUCUUAUGUCUGUCAGUGUUAUGAAGGGUAUGAGCUUGAUGCAGAUGGAAAGAGUUGUGUUGUUGUAGACUACUGUGCUGUGGAUAAUCAAGGUUGCCAACAUGAAUGUGUUAACACAGAGGACUCUUAUUACUGUAGAUGCCACCCAGGGUUCAUUUUAAAUCCAGACAAAAGAACUUGCAGAAGACCAGACUACUGUGCUCUUCAGGACCAUGGCUGUGAACAGGAAUGUGUUAAUACAGAUGAUUCCUAUUUUUGUCGAUGCCAAGAAGGGUUUAGACUUAAUCCAGAUAAGAGAACAUGCAAAAGAGUGGACCACUGUGCAGAAAGCAAUCAUGGUUGUGAGCAACUGUGCCUAAAUACUGAUGACUCCUACGUCUGUCAGUGCUCUGAAGGAUUUGUCAUCAAUGAGGACCUACGAACCUGCACACGAGUUGACUAUUGUGCUUUGAGUGAUCAUGGCUGUGAACAUUUGUGUAUAAAUGGUGACAAAUCUUACACUUGUCAGUGUUUUGAAGGAUACAGGCUUCGGAAUGAUGGGAAAACAUGUAAACGUAAAAAUGUCUGCAAAUCAGUCAACCAUGGCUGUGAGCAUGUUUGUGUUAGUACUGACAAUUCUUACAUCUGCAAGUGCCGUGAAGGUUUCAUAUUGAGAGAUGAUGGGAAAACAUGCAGAAGACAGGACAUCUGCAAAUCAAUCAGCCAUGGUUGUGAGCAUAUUUGUGUUAACAAGGAUGACUCUUAUGCUUGUGAGUGUCAUGAAGGUUUCCUAUUGAGAGAAGAUGGGAAAACAUGCAGAAAUAAAGACAUUUGCAGUUCAGUUGACCAUGGCUGUGAACAUGUUUGUGUUAAUACUGAUGAGUCGUAUGUCUGCCGGUGUUAUGAGGGAUUUGCAUUAAGACAAGAUGGAAAAACGUGUAGAAAUAAAGACGUUUGCAAUUCUGUUGACCACGGCUGUGAGCAUGUUUGUGUGAACACUGAUAAUUCAUACAUUUGCCAGUGUUAUGAGGGUUUUGUAUUGAGGGAAGAUGAGAAAACAUGUAAAAGUAAGGACAUCUGCAAAUCAGUCAAUCAUGGCUGUGAACAUCUUUGUGUUAAUACUGAUGACUCAUAUACUUGCCAAUGCCAUGACGGAUUUGUACUGAGGCAAGAUGGGAAAACAUGCCGACACAAGGAUAUUUGCAAAUCAGUCAACCAUGGCUGUGAACAUGCCUGUGUUAAUGCUGGUGAUAAAUUUGUUUGUAAGUGUCGGGAGGGAUUCCUUCUAAGAGAAGAUGGAAAAACAUGCAGAAAUAAAGAUCUUUGCAAGUCAGUCAGCCAUGGCUGUGAACAUGUUUGUGUUAAUACUGAUGAUUCAUAUAUUUGCAAAUGCCAUGAUGGAUUUCUACUGAGAGAAGAUGGGAAAACCUGCAAAAACAAGGAUAUUUGCAGUUCAGUCAACCAUGGCUGUGAACAAGUUUGUGUGAAUUCAGAAGAAUCCUACAUGUGCAAGUGUCAUGAAAAUUUCAUACUGAAGGAAGAUGGAAAGACAUGUAAAUAUAAAGAUGUUUGUAAGUCAGUUAACCAUGGCUGUGAACAUAUUUGUGUUAACACUGAUGAUUCCUAUAUCUGCAAGUGUCAUGAUGACUUCAUACUGAGGGAAGAUGGGAAAACUUGUAGAAGUAAAAAUAUCUGCAAAACAGUCAACCACGGUUGUGAACACAUCUGUGUUCCAGCUGGUGAUUCAUACACUUGUCAGUGCCACAAGGGAUUUAUACUGAGGAGAGACAGGAAAACAUGCAGGAAUAAAGACCUGUGUAAGUCCAUUGACCAUGGCUGUGAACAUCUGUGCAUUAAUAAUAACAAUUCAUACAGCUGUCAGUGCCAUGAGGGAUUUGUCCUGCGACAAGAUGGAAAAACAUGUCAAAGCAAAGAUGUCUGCAAAUCAGUUGCCCACGGUUGUGACCAUAUUUGUGUUAAUAAUGAUGAUUCAUACAUCUGCAAAUGUCAGGAGGGGUACGUACUAAAAGAGGAUCAGAAAACCUGCAGAAGAUGCACUGAAGGCCCAGUUGAUUUGGUGUUUGUGAUUGAUGGAUCAAAAAGUCUCGGAGAGGAUAAUUUUGAAAUUGUAAAACAAUUCGUCUCAGGAAUAUUAGAUACACUUGAGAUUUCACCCAAAGCUGCUCGAGUUGGUUUGCUUCAAUAUUCUUCUGAAGUCCGCACAGAGUUUACAUUAAGACAGUUCAGCACAACCAAAGACAUGAAGAAAGCUGUAUCACAAAUGAAAUAUAUGGGGCGAGGUUCCAUGACAGGACUGGCUCUGAAGCAAAUGUUUGAGAGAAGCUUCACAGAAACAGAAGGAGCCAGACCACUGUCAGCAAACAUCCCUCGAAUCUCCAUUGUGUUUACGGAUGGACGAGCCCAAGAUGAAGUCUCUGACUGGGCUGCUAGAGCAAAGAGAAGUGGUAUAAUUAUCUAUGCCAUUGGAAUAGGAAAAGCAAUUGAAGAAGAACUGCUGGAAAUUGCUUCUGAGCCAUCAUAUAAACAUCUCUUUUAUGCUGAGGAUUUCACAGCAAUGGAGGACAUAAGCGAAGAGCUGAAAGUUCAGAUCUGUGAAGCCUUGAGAAAUUCAGCUCACCGGCAACAUCUGUCAUCUGGAAGGCUCCAUAGGACUAAUCCUCAGUCAUCAGGACCUGAAUCAACCACAGUAGAAAUCACAGAUGUCCUUGCCUGUCCCAGUCUUGCAAUACAGCAUAAGUAUCUUUUUGAAGACAGUCACACUCACUCAACAAGAACAACAGCAAAAACUUCAAAAGACCAAUGCAAAUGUGAAAACCUUGUGACGUUCCAGAACUACGCAACCAACGAAGUAAGAAGACUCAAGCAGAGAUAUAUCCUUUCAGAAUGUUUCUUGUGCAUAAAUCAAGAACAGGUUAAAAGAAAUUAUAACCCAUCAAGUCUAAGCUGCCUCCAUGGCUCAAAUCAAUCUACUGUAAUGAAAAGCUGAAUUACUUAGAGAUUGUCAAUCUCCAGGAAGCAGGGCUCUUCAGGCUUGAGGUUUCCUUCUUCACAGAAGGGACCAAACAUAUUAAUAAGGAUCUUAACUUCUAAUAAUUUCUAACAGUAAAUAGCUUCAGGAUCAGCAAAGAAAUGACUAGUCAAAAACCAAGCCUGACACUCUUUGCUUUGUUUACUUCAGAUAAUAACAAAAGAUCAUUUAGUAGCUACAGGGAGCAGGAGAUAUUUCCCUUCUGGACUGCUAGGUAAGGCAUUUUAAAUAAGAUUCCCAAUGUAGAGGAAUCAAAGGACAUGCUGUCUGAUUAAUUUUGUAAGAAUACACACAGAAAAAGGAGUUAAAUGCACACUGAUAGCCCUCCUUCUACAAGCUAGCCUGUCUUUUCAAGGGAGCUGUUAGUACAGUAGCCUUUAUGAUAUGUUAAACAUCCAUCAGGUCUCAGGAAAAUAGCAGAAAACUGACAGUGAGUUUCUCCUGUAUUCUGCACCAAACAUAACAUAUACAGCAAACUCCUAGAUUUUCUCCAUAAAACCUACUUCUGCAUAAUCAAGUUAAAUAGUAAGAAUGCAGAGACUUAACCUUCUGUUUAAGUCUUCUGAGAAUCAUAUACAUGACCAGUAAGCACUUAUUUUCUGCAAGAAGUGCGAUGAUAUAUGAGCACUUAUUUGUGUGCUUCCUAGACAAGAACAGCUUCAGACUGAAAUACUGUGAAGUUAAACAGUCUGUCCACAGUCAGGCUAACAGAGCCCUCCAGAGUCUUGCUAGCAGUACUAGUACCUUAAGACCUCCACGUAGAUGGUACAUCUUGGAGACGUCUAAGAAUGAUGCUAUAAGUACUAGAAUCACAGAAUUACCCAAGGUUGGAAAAGACCUCCAAGAGAAUCCAAGUCUAACCAUCCUCCUAUCACCAGUAUUUCCCACUAAACCACAUCCCUCUGUACAACAUCUGCAUAUCUCUUCACCUCCAGGGAUGGUGACUCCACCACCCUCCUGGGCAGCCCAUUCCACACUUGACCAUUCUUUCAGAGUAGUUUUUCCUGGUGUCCAACCUGAUGCCCCCCAGUGCAAUUUGAGGCCAUUCCCUAUUCAUACUGCUAGUUACACAGAAGUUGACCACCACCUUGCCACAACCUCCCUUCAGGCAAUUGUUGAGAGAGUAAGGUCUCCCCUUAGACUUCAGAACAACCCAGGUUUCCUCGGCUGCUCCUGUAAGAUUUGUGCUCCAUACCCAACAUUGUCCAAGUGCUUGUUCACUGGCUCACAAAAUGGGAACAUGCUGAUAUACACUCAUAGUAAAGUUGAGUGUAACAUUUAACAUCCCAAGUCAGUGCACAUCGUCCAGGCUCUAGCAGAAAAGAUAUUGCUGGGUAUGACAGACUCAGACACCUGGCAUUUUUUAAUAUUAUUGCACGCCAUCAUUAGCUCUUUCCUUAACUUCUAUCUACUGGAAGAAAUGACAAAGAGAAUGGAAGACUUGGAAAACAGACUAAAAUACUGAUCAAAAUUUAAAGCUUAUACUACACUGUGUAUUUAUACAUACAAUGUUGUGAGAGCUAUUUUGUUACAUCAGUUCAAAGUAAAAUAACAAAUCCUUGUCUAAAGUUAAAAAGUAUUUUGGAGCCCUGCAUCUAUAUGUGUUCCGUCUUGCAUUGACUGCAGAUAAGUUUUGAAAGUUUAUAUAUAAAAACAGUUUAGCAACUAGCAGAAAUCCUCAUUAAGUAGAACUUAACCAAAAGAAGCUAUGCAAAACAUUAAAAUGCUGUUAUUUUUUCAUGUGAAAACUCCACGUUUUGAAGUCUUUUUAAGCUAUGAAUUUGUUUGGCUUGCUUUUCUGUACUUUCCUCCUCCACUCACUCUGUUGCUAUUUCAAGCAUUCUAUCUGUGUGACUAUGUGUAUGUAUACACACACAUAUAUUCACAGCAGUUAGGUUUCAUACAAUCUUUCCAACACACGCAGAUUGCAGAAAUCAGUUGGAAGUAGAAAUACACGUUUAUACAUCUUUGUUGAAGGGUGAUGAAUGUAAACGAAGUGGGAAAUCUGUUGAGUUACCAGAGCAUCACAGUUGGAAAUUCCAAAUACUGUUUCUCUUAUCAGAUCCAGACAUGGAUGUUUCCCUCUUUGAUCUUGCUCAGCAUUCAGCAAUUCUUGAACUUCCCUGAAUACAACUGGUAUUUUAAUAUGAAGACAUUCUUUGGGCAAUAAAACCAGCUGCACAUUUGUUCAUCAAAUGCAAAUAUGAAAAUGAAACAGCAAGUUGCUUCUAGCCAUUCUGGAAGUGCCUUAAGGCCAACUGAAGUUUUACUUCUGCCCCCUUAGCAGCAGAAACCCUCUUCUGCUAGCUUUAUUUUCACGUCCACAGCAGUACCUGAACUGUUUACUGAACUGAUACAAAUCCGGACUUUAAUAGAUGCAUACCCCAGCUAUUCCUUCUUUGCUUCAUGUGCUGGUUUGCCUCUUUACUGUCUCCAACUUGAAAUAUACAACCACAUCCAUUCCACACCAGAAACAUAUAGUUGCAGCAAAAUUAGAUUUAAGUGAUCACAGAUAAUCUAAUGACCACGCAUAUGUACAAAGAAGCACCUUGUAUUUUAAUACACUUCAGAAAAUAGAAUGCAAGUUCUUCAAGGCUGCCCUCUAGUGAUUGUCAUUAUGUGUUCCUUUAACAACAUGUCAGCAAAAUGCUAUACCCCAUGCAGUGUGCACUAGCACUAACAUAUCCUCAAAUUGUGAUCACAAAAAAAAAAAAAAAAGGCAGAAAUCCAGAAAACAGCAUCAUCCUCAUCAACAGUGACUU